UUAGUAUACUUUUGUUCUGGAGAUAUUUUGAGUGCCUAAUAAAAAUUACUUUAAUAAAACUUUCUUUUUUGUUUUAUAGAAAAAAGAAUGAAAAAUCGUGUUAAUAACCUAGCCAACAAAAGGCCGCAUUGAAGAUUGCACCAGACUUUGCUUCUUUAAGAAAAAAAGAAACUUGGUUCUUCACCACAACAGCACAUCACCGUACACGGCCAAUACCCCCAAUUUUCUGAAAAUCAAAUUUCGCAUCCAAUUCCAGAAUUCAACAGCACCCAUCAUCGUUUAACAUCCCAACACGGACACAAGUAAUUAACACAAUCUGGAGACACAGGCAUCGGCGGUUGGUCGACAUUGGCAGAGGUGGUUCGGUGAAAAUAGCGACAUUAACUUGGAGUCACACACUAUUUAGGCAUACGGGAUUAAACAUUGUAAAUGGACAAGAGUUGGAUCAAGCUCAAUGAUUUUACAUCAAAUGAUUUUGUUACUGGAGUUAAAAAUUUCAUGAGAUUUGCUCUAAUGCAUAUUGGGGAGAGAAAGGUUAUGCGUUGUCCAUGUAGUAAUUGCUUGAAUCAGAUUGUACAUCCACCUCCACUAGUCAAGUUGCAUAUACUCACUAAUGGGAUGGAUAUUGAUAAAGAAGGUGCCAAAGCUAAUAAAGAAGGUAAAGUCAAGUGUUUAAAGCCGCGUGCGGUUUUUACACUUUCUCAAAAGGAGAAGAAAAGAUUUUGUGAAUUUUUAAAAGCAGUAAAAUUUCCAGAUGGGUAUGCCGCGAAUAUCUCCAGGUGUGUGAAUAUCAAGGAUGAUAAAAUAACAGGGUUGAAAAGUCACGAUUGCCAUGUUUUGUUACAACGUUUGCUUCCAGUAGGACUACGUGGUUACCUUAAUAAAGAUGUUCUCGAUGUUAUUACCGAGUUGGCAUGUUUUUUCAGACAAUUGUGUUCUAGGAAAUUGAACCUUGAAGUCCUUGAUGAUUUGGAAAAAAAGAUUCCUGUGAUAUUAAGCAAGAUGGAAAUGAUAUUCCCACCAGCAUUCUUUGAUGUUAUGAUCCAUCUAGCAGUUCAUUUGGCACAAGAAGCAAAGGUGGGAGGCCCUGUUCAUUAUAGAUGGAUGUAUCCUAUCGAGAGGUAUCUUAGUAGUCUAAAAAGGAUGGUCCGAAAUUGAUGAAGCUCCUCUAGAGAUUGAAAUUGCUGAAAAGAUAAUUAUUCCACACACACAAAAUGAUAAAAACGAAGAAGAAGAUGAAGAA